AUGGCUGAAGACAGCUUCGCGAAGCGGGUCUCUCGGAUGUCAAGUGUUGCUGGUGAUCUGGUGAAGUCGGCGUCGAUCGUGGCUCCUGGUUUGACGACUUACGGUAGCACAAUUCCGGCGUACAACGAGGAGCUGAAUGCGGUGCACGAGGAGCUGAAUGCGGUAGUAGCAGAGCCUGCGAAGUCGAGCAAUAAUCCAUUUCUUGCAUUUGCUUUUGCGGACAAGGUGGAUAUGUGUUUGCUGACAUUGGGUACGUUGCUGUACAUUGGGUUGGGUACGUUGCAGCCGAUCAUGACGACGUUCUUUGGAUCGGGGAUGACGGACGCGGGUAUGGGCAAGACGGAUGGGUUGGUAGACUCUUGUGUGAAGAUGGCUUAUUUGGGUGUGGCUGGUUUCUUUGGUAUGAUGGCUGCCACCAUAUGUUACGAAGUAUCUGCGGAACGGCAGGUCGCGAGGAUCAAACGACAGUACAUACAGUCUGCGUUGCGUCUGAACGUGGGGUUUUAUGACACGGUGGACGUGGGCACUUUGGCUAGCGAUGUGGAGACUUCAUGUGUGCAGAUCCGUAACGGUGUGGGCAACAAGACAGGGGAGAUCUUCAAGAACCUCUCGCUCUUCAUAACAGGAUAUGUAGUAGCGCUAACGAAGCAUUGGAAGAUGACUCUAAUCAUGACAUGUGCAGUCCCCAUUCUUGGAGGCGCCCUGAUGGUGAUGAUUCGAUCCAUCGGCAAAAGCGCAGAGAAGUCCAAGGAGAGCUACACUGUCGCAGGAAGCAUUGCCGAGGAAGCAUUCCCUGCAAUAAGAACAGUUGCAGCUUUCGGAUUGGAACCGAACUUCGUAGAGCGUUUCGGACAAGAGAUCGAAGUCUCACUGAAGGCAGACUACGCUGGCAGUACAGCUAAAGGGGCAGGUAUCGGCUUUGUGUUUUUCGUCAUAUUCUGCACCUUCGGUCUGGGCUGGCUCUACGGUGGCAACACGAUUAAGAACUACGUCAUCUCUGAAGGACCCUUAGGACUGUCGCACGCCAGCGAGGUUAUCACUGCUUUCUUCUGCGUCCUCAUGUCCGCCUUUUGUCUCGGCUUUAUUGGUCCUAGUGUAUCUGCUCUUACUACUGGCUCGAAGGCGGUGGUGUCAGUGAAAGAAAUCAUUGAGAAGAAGUCAGAAAUUGACCCGCUGAGUGAAGAGGGACUGCAACCCAACUAUCCUGUGGAGGGCCGAAUUACUUUCGAGGGUGUUAGGUUCGCCUACCCCUCUCGGCCGGAACGCGACAUUUACCAAAGUGUUUCCUUCGACAUCCAACCUGGCGACACGGUUGCCCUCGUGGGUCCUAGUGGUUGCGGUAAAAGCACUGUGAUCCAGUUGAUUGAACGCUUCUACGAUGUCACCGGCGGCCAGGUCAAGGUUGACGGCGUGCCCAUCCAGGAGUACAACCUGGCCUGGCUUCGCAAUCACAUGGCGCUCGUCUCGCAGGAACCAAGACUUUUCUGCGACACAAUCCGGAACAACAUCCUACAGGGCAAGCCAGACGCAAGUGAAGAGGAGAUGAUUGCUGCAGCUAAGGCAGCAAAUGCGCACGACUUUAUUACUGCACUGGCCAACGGUUACGACACAGAUGUUGGUGUGGGAGGUGGGUUAUUGUCUGGUGGACAGAAGCAGCGUGUGGCGAUUGCACGCGCGAUUUUGCGCGACCCGGCGAUCAUGAUUUUGGAUGAAGCCACCAGUGCGUUGGACAACCAGUCGGAGAAGAUCGUGCAGGAGGCGUUGGAUAAGUUACUGGAGAGCAAGCGGCGUACGACAAUCUUGAUAGCACACAGAUUGACUACCAUUCGCAACGCUAACAAAAUUAUUGUCAUUGACAACGUGCAAGGGAAAGGUUCGGUGGUGAUUGAACAAGGCUGUCAUGACGAGUUGAUGAAGAUACCGAACGGCGUUUACAAACAAUUGGUCGAGGCUCAGACCGUGAAGGGUGCGGACGAGCCGAAGCAGGAGGAGGUGAAGUUGGACAUGGGUCCGAACGCGAUGCGUAAAUUGUCAAAGGCGCAUAGCAAGAACAGCAUGGCGAGAGACGGUAGUAUUGCGGGUGGCCAGCAGCGUGAAGUAGAGCAUCAAGCGGGAAAGUCGGCAGGAGCGCAAAGUCCGACUCGGAAGUUGUGGACAAUGAUGCUUAAACGGAGCUACAAUCUGUUUAUCACGAUGGUUAUCUGUGCUACAUGUAACGGAGGUUUCCAACCAUGUAACGGGUUACUGGUCUCUGCCUUCUUGUCCGGUUUCUUCACAUGGGAUGUGACCUUGGACAACCGGGGGAAUGCAGACAACAUUUGGCACACCAGCAUUAAGUUGGCUAUCGUGUACAUCUGCCUAGGUGCGUUCUUGUGCGUUACAAUGUUCGGUGAGAAUUAUUUCUCCGACAGGAAUGGGGCAUUUAUCAUCUCUGAGUUAAGGAAGGAAACGUUCGAGAACGUGCUAUACCAAGACAUGGAGUUCUUUGACAACCCCGCGUUCAAUACCGGCUUCCUGUCCUCGGUGUUAUCUGCUGACUGUGAGAUGGCCAAGACCAUCACCGGCCUUAACUUCAUUAUGACUUAUCGCAUGAUCGUGACGCUGAUUAUUGGCAUCAUUAUCGCCUUUACUGCCAGUUGGAAGAUCGCCCUCGUCGUAGGCGGCAUGUGGUGCGUGAUCCUGCCUCUGUACGCUCUACAGGUGCAACUGACUAAAGGUACGAGCAUUCAAGUGGGCAAGACGGACGAGGUGGGGUCUCCGGCUUUUGUGUUCAACGAAAUCAUGAUGAACCUAAAAACGGUCGCUGCUUUCAACUUGCAACUAACAAUGGAGCAGCACUACCACGAUGCUGUGCAGCAUUAUUUGAAUAUCGGCACCAGGAAUGCGUACAUCACGGCCGGCGGCACGGCCGUGUCGGAGUGCAUGUCCUACUUCGCCUCCGCAGCUGCCUACCGCUUCGGCGCCUACUUAUUGGGUAACGGCGAGCUCUCAUUCACCUUGAUGACUCGCGCAGUCAUGUCCAUCAUGUUUGCCGGUAACGGAGCCGGUCGUGCUGCGGGUUUCACCUCAGACGCAAAACGUGCACGAAUCGCCGUCCAGAACGUGUUUACGGUGUUAGAAAGAGAGCCCAAGAUGGAUGCCCGGUCGGAAUUGGGUCUAACUCCUAACUUCAAGAAGGACGUGACGGUCGAACACGUCAAGUUCCGCUACCCCGGACGACCAACUGUGCCUGUGCUGAACGACGUCCACUUUACCAUACCCGCAGGCAAAACUGUCGCUAUGGUCGGGGAGUCUGGUAGUGGUAAAAGCACCAUUAUACAGUUCCUCGAACGCUACUACGACGUGGGCGCCAGCGACUACUUUGCGGAAAUUGUUGAACUACACAACGAAGAACAAAAGAUGGCGGCCCGAGAAAAUAACGCUACGCCUGUGCUGCUUGAAGACGCCGAUGGAAUGUUCCGAGGCCGCGUGGCAGUAGGUGGAGCAGACAUUCAGGACAUCAAUUUGAAGCAGCUAAGGGCCCAAAUCGGCAUGGUUCAACAGGAACCUAUUUUGUUCGAUCUAACAGUGGCAGAAAAUAUUCGAUACGGUAAGCUUGAUGCGACCCAGCAAGAGAUUGAGACCGCUGCACGGGCGGCUAACGCUCACGAAUUUAUCAAGCAACUACCCGAGGGUUAUGACACCUGUGUCGGUAAGGGCGGGAAGCUGCUCUCUGGAGGUCAAAAACAGAGAGUCGCCAUCGCUCGAGCACUUGUGCGAAAUCCUAACGUUCUCUUGCUCGAUGAGGCAACCAGUGCUCUCGAUCCCGAGAGUGAAGUCAUUGUGCAAAAGGCGCUGGACGAGCUCCUGAAAACCUCCACCAGAACCACCCUCGUGAUUGCGCAUCGUCUCUCCACCAUCCGGAACGCCGAUCUCAUCGUCGUGUUCAAACCGGAGGCCGGAGCGGGCAGCAAGAUCGUCGAACAAGGCACUCACGAUGAACUGAUGCGCAUACCCAACGGGGUCUACGCCAACUUGGUGAACAUCGCCGCUCAGGCCGGCAAGGGCUGA